GUGAUUUCCCCGGCCGAUUGCAGCCUCUGCCGUUCAUUUUUCUCUCUUCUUCUCCACCCGUUCUUCUUUGCCGCCGCCAAAACAUUUCUAUCCGAUCAUCCACUAUGGACCGAUGAUAUCCGACUUUUUAUUCCAAUCCCUCUCAUGCUUUGAUAGGCUUGUAUAAUAUAAUAUUGGCCUUUUAUUAUGGAACCCCAUGCGUGAUUCCGUUCCUCGUACUACUCUUGAUUUAAUUCUUUGUCGACGAGGAUCUAUUUAUACGCCAUCUCUUCCCUGACUCAUGUUCUGAUCAAUAUCGGAUUUUGCUAUUCUUCGUCCCAUCACUAUCCCACGACAGUCUACUCGAUUCUUUUUGGAUACUGUUCUUGAUAGUGGCAUGGCACCAGCACUGGGAUAUGAGUCUGUGGCCGAUUUCGGCCCAAAUCUGUGGUCGAAAGGUUUGACAUCUCCGCCCAAAAGCAUUCUAUAUAUCGAUGCCUACGAUUCAUUUUCCUACAAUGUCGUGGCCAUGCUUGAAGAGGUCUUGGGAGUCAAGGUCACGGUGAUGAUGAUCGAUUCGAAAUGGCCAGACAACAACAUGGCCCAAUGCCUCGAGCGUUUUGACGCUGUCGUCCUGGGACCCGGACCGGGGAAUCCGAGCAUCCCCCGUGAUGUCGGGAUCAUGCAGGACAUCUGGCGUUUAAGCGACGACCAUUUGGUGCCCGUCUUGGGGAUCUGCCUUGGCUUCCAGAGCUUGUGUCUUUAUCAUGGUAUCCCGAUUGAGCGCUUGCCGGCACCUCUGCAUGGUCAGAUCCACCAGAUCUCUACAGCUCAGACAGACAUCUUUGAGAGUCUGCAGGGGGCAGGGGUGACUCUUUAUCAUUCGCUGUAUGCUCAAGCGGACCCUAGGCGUGAUCUGUCCUUUAAUGGACAAUCCGGGAGCGCCAGGGUCAAUUCACCGGCAGCUGAAGAUUUAGAAUUCGUCGCCUGGUCAUCUAUUGAACAAGGCAGUUCGUCCGACACAGUGCAUAUCCCCAUGGCUGUGCGGCAUCGGCGAAAACCAUUCUGGGGCGUUCAGUUCCACCCUGAGUCCUGCAAAUCGGACCGAAAGGCCUGCACUGAGAUGCUCAGGAGAUGGUGGCAGACUUCACUCACGUACAAUAAGAAAUUUCGCCGUGCUGUCACUGAGAGCCCCUCGGUUGAACUUUCCAGCCAAAUCAACGCCGUGACUCCUUUACCGGAUAUUGUAUUGACAAUGCUUGAGUGGAGCGCAUCGACCUCGCAUCGUUCGCACUUUCGGUCUUUUACGUCCCACAACUUUGACGCCGAAACUCUACUUGAGUAUUUCAAUACGCCGGGUUCUCCGGCAGUCCUAUUCCAGUCCAAUGGCAAGCACAGUGUCAUCUCAGUGCCGAGCCCCACCAGUUGGAGAUUGGAAUACUAUACGCAGUCGGAAGAGCUGGUCUUGGAGACAUUACCGGACCCCUGGACCAGCUGCAAAGCGACAGAUUCUCGACGCGACGUGUCUGCAUGUUCUCUGCUGGUAGCUCAAUUUUGGGAUGUCCUUAGGCAUGUUAUGCACGCGAAGAAGGUCGACACGGGAGACCAGACAGUGCCUUUUUGGGGUGGUUUCCUGGGUUAUUUUUCGUAUGAAAUGGGCUUGGCAUGCCUCGCCCGUCCAAAGCACCAUGACGAUAUCUCUCAUCACGGCUUUCCCUCGACUAGCGAAGAGGCUUUUAGCGAAGAUCCCCCUGACGUCAGUCUAAUAUGGACCGAGAGGAGCAUUGUCAUUGACAAUGAGACGGGGCGUAUAACAAUACAGUCCACUCUUGACUCUGACGAGUCGCCCGAUGGGUGGUUGAGCAAGACGUUGCAGUCUCUGGUGGCUCUAUCCACGGAACCCAUAGACGCCGGAAAUAACGCCGGAGACGCGGAUUUUCUGGAUUCCAUCCUCCGAAGAGGCACCGUGCGGUUCCCAGAUGAAGAAUCAUACCAAAAUCAGGUCGAGGCUUGCAAAGACGAACUUGAAGCCGGCGAGUCGUACGAACUAUGUCUCACCUGCGAAACAUCGAUUACACUACCCUCGCCCGAUACCGACAGUGGCCGACGAAAUUUCCCCUGGAAACUCUACAGGCGACUACGAAAAUAUAACCCUGCCGCAUUCAGCGCCUACGCGAGAUUAGGGGAUGUCAAAAUCGUGAGCAGCAGUCCUGAGUGCUUUCUGAACUGGGACCGGACAUCCACGCUCGAGAUGAAGCCGAUGAAAGGCACGGUGAGGAAAUCCAGCGACAUGACCUUGGAGAAGGCCAAGGAGAUCCUAGGCUCAAGGAAGGAAAUGGCCGAGAACCUGAUGAUCGCCGAUCUGAUCCGCCACGAUCUCUACGGGAUCUGCGGUUCGGGCGGUGUCUCGGUGGAAAAGCUUCUAGAAGUGGAAGACCACGGCCGAGUAUACCAGAUGAUCACGCACGUCAAGGGCCAAGUCGAUCCGAAGCGGCCCAGCCUCGCGGUGCGCGAUAUGCCGCAGUUGCAGUCGUCGAACAUGUCGGGGUAUGGGCUCGUGGCGCUCCAACGAUGUCUCCCACCGGGUUCCAUGACGGGGGCUCCGAAAGAACGGUCAUGCAUGCAUCUAUCUGCGAUUGAAGGCCGCAACCGAGGGAUCUAUUCCGGCGUCAUGGGCUUUUUGGAUCUCGGAGGGGGCGGGAGCUUUUCGGUUCUGAUCCGUACGGCGUUCACCUGCUCUGCUGACUCUCGAGCUGAGCAACGGUGGCGCAUCGGGGCAGGCGGAGCUGUGACGACUCUGAGUACAGCCCAGGGUGAAUGGGACGAGAUGCUGACCAAGCUGAAGACCGUGUGUGGGAUUUUCACACCGCAUCAUUGAGGGAAGGGAUUAUACUCUUCGCUCGUCCCUCAUUAUCUUCUUUCUCUCUUUUUCUUCUUCCUAUUUUCUUCCUUUCUCCGUUGUUCUUUUUAUUUCCAUUUUUUUGGCUCACGAUUUUUACGGUGCUGUACGAAGGGUCAUGUCUUGAUAGCGGUUUCAACAAUUGCAUCGAUUGGAGCAUGGGGUUAUACGAAUCUCUGAAUCAACAUACGGGAAACAUGAGAGGGAAACGGCGUGCUAUCUAUUUUUUUCUAUAUCAUCUUCUAUAUAGUUUAGACGAUCAAUACUGUAUAUGAGAUUUAGAGCAUGUGAGGAUAGAUAUAGAAGUACAUAUAUAGCAUCCUGAUACGGG